GCCUAAUUCAAGUUCGACCUGCAGCAACUACCCUGGGAACUGCCCACGAAUUCAACGGCAUUUAUUCCAUGAAUCCCGACACCGACAGCAACCCUUGCAGUGUCUCAUGUGGCUAACUCCCAAUGCAACUCUCAACCUUGGAGUUGGCCCCAAAGUCCGACACGUGCACUAAUGUGUUGACGAGAGAUGGAAUAUGGACGGUCAACUGGCAAGCUUGAGCCAAUCCAGUCACCGUUAACGGCGUACCACUGGGAAUCACGUCGUUCGGCCUUUUGUUCUCCUCUGGUUCCAUACUUAAGCUGUGCUUCAUAUCUCCCAACAGGUGAUUGCAGCAACAGUUUGGUGGAACUCCGUUUUUAAGAGUAUCUGGCUGCUGCCUGGAUUUGCCUCCCGCUCUGCUCACCAUGGUUGUAUGCAAUGUCUUAGUCGUUGCCGCCCUUGCCAGGCUGGCUCUUGCCGUUCCCAGCGCAAGCAACAUCGAGUACCAUGGCUUGGACUCCUGGAAAGACAAAAUCAAGAACGUCGUCGUCCUUGUUGAGGAAAACCGGUCGUUCGACACUUUCUGUGGGGGCCUGGACUACAGCCCCGAGAUCGACGGGCUCCUUCAUCACAAUUACUGCAACUCCAUGAAUGCCUCUGAUCCGAACGAGGCGGCCGAUGUUUGCGCUGGACCUUUGGCUGCCGACGUGGCCAAGGAUGACCCAAAUCACAGCAUCAGCGGUGUGAACAUGCAAAUCUUCAGUACCUGGCAUCCAGAUGAGGAUCUCGUUAACGCUGCGCCUCCAUGGAAAUACGAGAACAUGCGGGGAUUCGUAACCGAACAGUCCAUCUCGUACAAAACCGAAGACAAGGCCCGGGCCGCCGAGGCCAUCAACUACUACAAGCCGGAUCAGAUCCCGGUUUUCUCCACCAUGGCCGAGAACUUCGUGCUGUUCGACCGCUGGUUCUGCGCCGUCCCGGGGCCGACCAACCCGAACCGGGCCUACAUCACGUCCGGGACGAGCCACGGCCACGGCAAGAACGACGCCGACUUUGGGAACUUUGCCCUGCCCCAGAAGAGCAUCUUUGAGCAGCUGAGCGAGAAGGGCAUCUCGUGGAUCAACUACCAGAACAGCACCACGGGACCGGGUAAGGGGUUCAACCCCGACGCCGCCUUCUACAAGUGGACCCUCGACAGCGGAGCGAACCUGACCAACAUCAAGCCCCUCCAGCAAUUCUACCAAGACGCCGCAGCAGGCACCCUCCCCUCAUUCACCUACAUCAACCCCGAAUGCUGCUCCUACCAAUCCUACCACCCCCCCUCGCCCAUCUCCUCAGGCGAGACCUUCAUCAAGGGCAUCUACGAGUCCCUGCGCGCCUCCCCGCAGUGGUCCUCGACGCUCUUCAUCCUGACCUUCGACGAGCACGGCGGCUUCGGCGACCACGUGCCGCCGCCCGUCGGCGUCCCCGGCGGCGGCGACGGGCUCGCCUACACCGAGAAGGCCGCCGACGGCCUGCCCGUGACCUUCGCCUUCAACCGCCUGGGGCCGCGCGUGCCGACGCUGCUGGUGUCGCCGUGGGUCGGGAAGGGGGUGGUGGAGAAGGCGGGGCGGAAUAAUGGGGGGGAGUACACGCAUACUAGCAUUCUUGGGUUUGUGAGUGAGUUGUGGGGGCUCGAGAAGCUGACGCCGCGGGUUGAGUGGAGUGCUACGUUUGAGCAUCUGAUUCUGGAUAAGCCCAGGGAUGAUGAUGAUUUGCCUAGGGUUCUACCGGAUCCUAAUAACCCGAAGUGCAGGAGGAGGAAGCGAGGGGGGAGCUAGUGGGUGACCCAACUUUCUGCUCUAUGCGCAGGAGCUGAGGCCUUGCUCACUGGCAGAAAUUAGAGAGGCGCGCUUUCACUCAACUCAACACAAAUAUCUAGAGUUUCUCUCCCAUGAUUCUUUUCGUUCAAGCUAAAGCUCGAUGAUCUAGUCAUCUACCUAGCCUAAG